AUACCAUGCGUCAACUAUAGAGCUACAUCAUCUACGUCAAGUUACUGGCCAAUUAUACACCAUGACUUCCCACAUAGAGCAACCAAUAACGCUGAAAAAUGGCUUGACGCUGCCAAACCGGUUAGCCAAGUCUGCCAUGGCGGAGAACCUAGCAGAUGGGGACCUUUUGCCAACCAAUCAAGUCUAUACUGCCUACAAGACCUGGGCCAAUGGCGGUUGGGGACUGAUAAUCACAGGGAACGUGCAAGUUGAUCCUCGUCACCUGGGUCAAGCCGGAGAUAUUGCCAACAAUGAUUCAAUCGACAGGGGCCGCAUUCUAAACAGCUGGAAGAAGUGGGCAUCCGUCUCUAGAAGCGGCGGAACUCCGACUGUCGUCCAGAUCAGCCAUCCCGGUCGGCAAUCUCCACUCGGCGCUGGCACACGAGGUUUCUUCGACAAGACGCUCGCUCCUAGCGCUGUCCCUUUGCGACUCGGCAAAGGCGUGUUCGCGGGGGUGAUCUCCAGUCUACUGUUUGGAACGCCAAGAGCCAUGACGGUUGCGGAGAUUCUGGACAUUCAGGAUCGCUUCGUCAAGACAGCAGUUCUUGUCGCUGAUGCUGGAUUCGACGGCAUAGAGCUUCACGGGGCACAUGGAUACCUCCUCUCGCAGUUCUUGAGUCCCAAGACUAACCGGCGAACCGACGAGUAUGGAGGAUCAGCUAAGAAGAGGGCAAAGAUUGUAGUAGACAUUAUCAAGGCAAUCCGCAAGGCCGUACCCCCAAGCUUCACAGUUGGUAUCAAGUUCAAUUCAGUCGAUCACCAGUCUUCACAAGCCCUGGAGGAGUGCCUCGAGCAGCUCCGCUUAAUCACAGACUCCGGGAUCGAUUUUCUAGAAAUCAGUGGUGGAAGUUACGAGGAGCCACUUGGUAUCGUCGACCCCAAUAAAGUCCCAGCCACCAAAAAAGAAAGCACGAAGAACCGAGAAGCCUUCUUUCUUGACUGUGCGACAGCUAUCAGAGACCAAUUCCCUGGCCUGCCGUUGCUCGUCACGGGCGGUUUCCGCAGCCGCAAGGUGAUAGAGGGUGCUUUGGCAAGCGGUUCGCUGGACGUGGUAGGUCUCGCACGGCCGGCAAUGCUGGAUCCCUCUGUUCCGACAAAUACGCUCCUGGACAAGAGCAAGAAGGACGAUGAGGCACGGGCCAUUGCCGUUUCUAUUCCAACCCCUUGGCUGCUGAAGAAGAUUGGCAACUAUAUCAUUGGUGCUGGCUAUGAAACGGCCUGGUAUGGAAGGCAAAUCAAGACCCUGGGUAAAAAAUAA